AAAUCACAUGAUUUCAGUCGGGACUCGAUUAGGGUUGCAAUAUUUAUCUUCCGCUACAGGAGGAAGUGUUUGCUAGAGCUCUAGCUAGCUGGGUUAAACCCAAUAUGUACUCUCACGGUUCCGAAAGCUUAAUUAAACAAGCAAGGGAGAUCCAGGAGUCUGAGCUGCAGAAGUUUUACAGCAGAUUAAUGAAGUUGCUCCAGGGGAAAGAUCAUGGUCACGAGACUGUUGACUCCUUGGAAAGAUUGCGCCUCAUCCUCUCUGCCACAAAGUACACCAGGACGUUGCCCCCCGAGCUUCAGAAGAUGCUUCUAUCACUCCUCUCUUCACCCCUGGAGCAGCUUCAGGUGCUGAGCUCAGCUGUGCUCAGAGAGACACUGGCCCUCGGUGGUCAGGCAGAGAACUACGGCCAAGACGGCAACAGUCACCUGAGCAGCCACAAAGCUGCCCUGCUGCUCUCUCAGGCUGAAUCCCGAGAUGAUCUGUCAGCUCUCUGCACUCAGCUACUUCGCAGUCUGGAGAGCAGACCCUCAGAAGGGCCGACUCACUCGUUUGCACACACCCUGCCAAUUGUCAACACCAUCCUCACAUACAGCCCGGAGAGCCUCACUGAAGAUAACAUAACCCUCCUAAGUAAAAAGCUUGUUGAUUGGCUGCGCUAUGCGAGCACCUCGCAAGGAGGCGGGGCUUCCUCAGGAGGAUUCUUCACUGGAUCCAGGUCACGUCAGCCGCUGCCUAUUGCAGAGCUGGAUGGGACAGUGUCAGGAGAUUUCUUCACAGUGCUGUGCGUCAAUCAAGGUUUCACUGAAGACCAGUGGAUGAACGUUUACUCCUUUUCCAUGCUACGACACUGGCUCCUCACCUUCCACUCUGUGUCCGGUGGCGCUAUAGCCGACACUGCAAACAGGUUACAGCUAAGUCUCUCCCUCUCUCACUCAUUUUCUAAUGAUGAUAGGUCAGAGAUAGAUGGGUCUGUGGUUUCCAUGGUUUCUGCCACAUCCACCUCCAGCCGACUGCUUCCUCCGAAGGAGCAUCUACGAGAGAAGGCCUUCCAGUACUGCCAACGCCUCAUUGAACAGUGUGAUCGCAAGGCCCAGAAGAAAACGGAUACAGAUCUGCAGAAAGCUUGUCUGGUGGAAGCGGUGUGUAUCCUGGACUGCGUGUGCAUAGAGGAUGCGUCCUUUGUCUACCGGGUGUUCCCGUGCAUUAAGGCGCUUUUUGGUCGUCUCAGCUCAGACUUGUCAUUCGCCAGAGUCCUGCUGCCCGUGGCACAGUUCUAUCUCAAUCAUGGCGAAUUGGCAGCUGUAGACUGUGACUGCGUCUGGAAUCUGGUGUUUGGUCGAUUCCCUGCCGAGCUCUUUAAUGACCCUUUCUUGGCACAUGAGCUUCUGCGCUUCUUGCGACUAAAUCUUGAGAAUGUGCAACUCCGAGUUCCCCAAUACACACGCCACUUCCCAAAUCUUUUUAAGUUCUUAGCGUGGGACAGCCCUGCAGUGGUUGAUGACUUUGUUGAUCUGCUGCCCUCUAUGGUGACAUCGGGUACUGCGCUGGAGCUGCUGCAUACUUUGUUGGACCUCCCGUGUCUCUCUGCUACUCUGGUCUUGCAACUGAGAUCGAUGUGUCUGCCCAUUUCUGAUUCGGGAGGGCGCAGCCUCCCGUCAAUGGAUGCGUUCCGAAAUCCAUCUUUCCGAGCACUGUUCCUCUUCCUACUUAGAGGUGAAGCGGGUUCAGGUGACACAAUUGACCGACUCAGCGUGCUCCUCGAGCUGUUAUCCGAGACUGCCAAUUGGCCGAGAGUCGUUCAGUGUGCCCAGACUGUCCCGAUUUUGCUGCAUAUUUUCUUCAACACAGUCAUCACAGUGGCUGACAAGACGCUUUUAGGCCAAGUGAUUUUGGUGCUGCUGGAGAGAAGCAGCCUCCUCCUCAACAUCCCAAAAUACAACACAGAUAUACACAGGGUGUUCAGCCGCCAGCUGAUGAACCUGUGCAAACUCCACCCCUCUUUGGUCAUGGACCAAUCCCACGAGCUGCUGGAGUUUGCUGGAGCCACAUCCAACGUUUACGGCAAACAAGAAAUCUACACCCAUGUGGUAUUAGUGCUCGGGGAUUACCUGUCUGUGUCAUAUGACUCUCGCUGCUCCGUGAGGCUCAUCACUUACUGUUUUGAGACUUUGGAGGCAGUGCUGUUUGAGAUAACAUCAUCUGCCCCGCCACCUGGAGCAGGCUGCCCCGCCCCUCGCGUCAUCACCAGUCUAAUGAGCGCCCUUGCUAAGCUGGCGUCACGAUCACAUGACCUGAUACCAAGGGUGUCCCUGUUCCUCUCCAAACUGAGAAAUGUAUCCAGAGGGGGGUCCGUUUCCUGGUGCGAUGAUGAAGAGGACCUAGUUUCCAUAAUAACUCUCGGGGAGGAGUUGUGCGCCCUUCUGAAGACGCCCGGCGUGGCUCAGAGUGUCCUGAACCCACCGCCGCACGUCACCACACCCCAGUGGCACCAAGACACCAACGUGGCCUUGCCGCUCCAAUUGCGAGCGCUCACCAGACUCACACAGGCGCACACGUCGCAUGCUAAAAGUCAACACACACCUACUUCUCCGUCACCCUACACAAGCACGUAAACAAACGUCAAUGUACAUCCAUUUUCGAUACCAAUCCUCCAGUUUAGGGUCACAGGUGACCUGGAGCCUAUCCCAGCUGACUUAGGGUGUGAGUUCACCAGCCGAUCGCGGGCCACAUUUAGACAAACAACAAUUCACACUUAUGGACAAUUUAAAGUUUUGAUUUAACCUAACAUGGAUGUUUUUGGAAUGUGAGAGGAAGGAGUACCCGGAGAAACGCACAGACAAAACCUACAAACUCCACACAGAAAGGCCCCAGCCGAGAAUCGAACCCAGAACUUUCGACUGACGCUCUAACCAAAUGCUCCACUGUUUCGCCUGGGCGUACAAACUGUAAUUUGAGGUUUAGAUUGAUUUUUGCACUUUUUGUAAAUACAUCAGUUAAUGCAGCACUGAUGACAAACCCAAUCACAAAAAGACACUCAACAAUCAGUGUACUAUAUUAGCUCUUCUUUAUUCUUUAACGUGAUUUAUCAGAAAUAAAAUAUGUACAACAAUGA